AGUCCAUGUGUUGCUUGAGUGAGCACAGAGCGCGAGAAACGCAGGGAGUUGCAGAGGGCUCGCGCACGCAUUCUCGCUGCCGAUUACCUCAGGACUCGGGUGACAGCUUGACUCGAGCGCUGCCUCUGUUAUCAUUGCCGUCUCGCGGAUUGCGCUUCUCCUCGCGCUUUCCCACCGCCCGGGAAACGUACCGCAGUAACUGAAAAACGGAUCUUUUUUAUUACUAAUACGCACAAUAAAAAAAAUUUAAAAAAGGAAAAAAAAAAAAAACAGUCACGCCUGAAAGCUCGCUGGAGACGACGGUCAUGUCUGACACGGAGGGAAGCUUCGAUGAUCCCUCCUGUCUCUUUCCACAGAGCCCCGCGUCCAACUCGCCGUGCCGGAGACCCGACACGAAGGACACGAAGAUCACCAUUAACAGUGUGACCUUCCCGCUCCCCUCCUCUGCACCGGAGCAGCCCCUCCUGAAGCCCGGGGACUGGAGCUACUGUGACUAUUUCUGGGCGGAUAGGAGGGAUCCUCAGGGGGGAGCGUGCCUCCCCGGCUUUGAGGUGCUGCUUCAGAAGCAGCUGAAGGGCAAGCAGAUGCAGAAAGAGAUGGCGGAGUUCAUGCGAGAGAGGAUAAAGAUCGAGGAGGAGUACGCCAAGAACCUCUCAAAGCUCUCCCAGAUCCCCCUGGCGGCCCAGGAGGAAGGUACUCUGGGAGAUUCCUGGGCCCAGCUGAAGAAGAGCUUGGCAGAUGAGGCCGAUGUCCACAUGAAGUUCUCCGCAAUGCUCCACAGCGAGGUGGAGAAGCCGCUGCUGACCUUCCGGGAGCACUUCAAAAAGGACAUGAAGAAGUACGACCACCACAUCGCCGACCUGCGCAAGCAGCUGGCCGGGCGCUACUCAGGGGUGGAGAAGGCCCGCAGGGCCCUGGCCGAUCGGCAGAAGGACCUGGAGGUGAAGACCCAGCAGCUGGAGAUCCGCCUCAGCAACAAGACCGAGGAGGACAUCAAGAAGGCGCGCAGGAAGUCCACACAAGCAGGUGACGAACUGAUGCGCUGUGUGGACCUGUACAACCAGGCCCAGUCCAAAUGGUUCGAGGAGAUGGUCACCACCAGCUUGGAGUUGGAGAGGCUGGAGGUGGAGCGUGUGGAGAUGAUUCGGCAGCACCUGCGGCAGUACACCACGCUGCGGCACGAGACCGACAUGUUCAACCAGAGCACUGUGGAGCCGGUGGUCCAGCUGCUCCAGACUGUGGACCCAGCCAAAGACAGAGAGCUGUGGGUGAAGGAGCACAAGACCGGGGAGGUCCGCCCUGUGGACAUGGACAUCUAGUCAAGGUCCGCCUCGUCCAUCCUGCAACACCAGGAGGGUGCUCUCUCUCUCUCUCUCUCUCUCAGAGACCGUAGAUGCCUGAUCUCACCAGGGCAGGGAGGGGAGGGAGGGCAGGAACAUCACCUCCUACACUCACAGAGCCCCGAGCCUGGCAGUAUGAGACAGGAGAACCCACCUAGUGGAGAGUACGAGAGAAUUAAAUCUUCUACAGCGCACUCACAGACCGCUGUACGGUCUGUGUCUCGGUCUAGAACAUUCCUUUAAGGCGGGGGAUAGUGGAGACUGUUAACUCUGAGGUUCACAGGCGUUCAUGCGUCGAGAAAAUCACUCCCAUUACUGCCCUUGUUAAGAGACUGUCCAUUGACAUGUACACGUUGAAUUUGUUCAAAUUGUUUGAUUUAGAGUUUUUUUUUUUUUGAAUUAACUGUCACAAGUUUGUCUUAUGUGUAAGAACACAAAUCACCAGGAACAAAAAAAAGAAGUUAUUACGAGAGUCAUUUCAUCACCCUACCCACUGAGUCCUCUGACAGCAUCUCAUUUUCAUCGCCUCAGAAAAAUAUUUAUUUGUUGUCAUGACAACAUCGGAAUUUUAAGACAUCAUCUCCAACCAUGUCCAAGAAAGAGUCUGCAGUUAAAUGUCUAAAUAUCGGAAGGAAGAUGCAAAUUAAUUUAUUCUUAUAAUGUGUAUAUUUUCACACUUCUGUAGUCAGAUUUUACAGUUCAUUAGGCAUAUUUUAGGACAUGAAGAUAUUUAAAUGGCAAUUAAAAAAUAUAUAAAUAUGUAUGAUAUAUAAUAAUCUUCAAAGACACACAGUGCCCAGGAUGUAGGGGUCCAUGGAGGCCAUCUGUGAAGACGGGGAGGCUAAGCGGACAUUCCUGACAUAAUCACAUGCCAAACACGCUUAGACAUUAAUGCAUGUAAUUUUUUAAUUCCUCUGCAGACUCUGUUUGAUGUGGCUCAUUACAGGGUAAGCUCAUAAUCAGCAUUUUAAUAAAACUCAGUGAGUUUUCUUUUUAGUCUUCUCUGCGAACUGACUGUUACAGUGGCAACGCAGAUCCUACAACACAGAGUGGAUGCCAUCUUCCAUGGGCACACAGUGAUGAUGUCACAGUAGAUUCUGUGACAUCAUCUGGUAGAUCAUGCAAAGGGAAAACAUCCCAGAGUUGAUGUUUGGUGCUUGGGUUGCCACUACACUAUUGUAAAUACUUUUUUUUUUUUUUUUUUUUAAUCAUUCAGUUUGCAGGCAGUUAAUGUUUCGGCGUUGACGUUUUUGGCUAAGAUGGAUGUCAGGCCUCUGGCUUAUGUUUGACAUAACUUUAUUUUGUACUUCCCGAUGCUAAAACUAAGCGUAGUAAUCUGCGUUAGCGGUUCAGACUUCAGCAGUUUGGAGCAGAAUGCAUGUUAGCCGAUGUCUGUGACUGAACCGCAUAGUCAGUUUGUAUUCACCAGUAAAGAAGCUUCACCUAACUGCCAACCAAAUUUAAAUUUAAAUUGCCUGUUAAAUUUAAUUACAUUACAUUACAUUACAGGCGUUUUGGCAGACGCUCUUAUCCAGAGUAUUGACCAGUACUAAUGACCAGUAUUGUUUAUGGCAACUGUGGUUCAGACUCUGAGAAGUCAAAUGAGAAUGUGACCAGAGAGAUUAAGGAAGUACUUAUUAAAGACAAAGGCCAGAUGUGCUCAGUUCAGUUUACUAUGUUUUCUUUUGGGUGGUUUUUCCCAAGAACGCGUGAUUUAGUUAAAUUGAAACAGAGGCAACAUGCAGCAUGCAUGAAUAGAAUAAUGUAAUGUUGCUGACAGUUGUAGGAAGUUUGGAACAUGGAAAGGUGACCUUUGGUAAAGCUUGCAAAUAUACCAAAAGAGAAAGGUACAGAUGUGACAUUAAAGUUAUUUUACAUAAUACUUAUUUUUAUACAAAGCCUAGUAUAUACCAUAAGCAUUUAUUUUAUCUUAUUUCUCAGAAUAACUUUUUUUUUUUUUUUGCAUGUACCAACUAUUAUUACUCAUUAGACAUUAAACAUAUUUUUUGCAAGAAUAUUCAAAGCAAUGUAGAUAUAAAUGUUCACGUUCAAAGGGUGUAUUGUAACUUAAUGUAAAUUUGUGGAAAGUGUAAUUUUGCUAUCUGGGGUAUGUGACAGCAGCACUGAAAUUUAAUAGCUAUCUGGUGGUUGUUUUGCAUUAAUAUGAGAUAUGUAUUAAAUCGGAUGUUAAAGGA